GGAUAGUGGAGAGGAAUUGGUGCAAGGUCCGUCAGGAACGACGUCUCCUAGCUCGGUCUAAUGCUGCUUCUAUGCUUGAUGCCGAGAGAAUUAUCCAAUUAUAUGUAUUGCCUCCCCUUCGAAGUCUCGACUCCCUUGAAUAUCCCGGGCCAACAUCUUAAAGUGGUUCGCUGCCGAUGUAGCAUUUCACAAGUGCAUUCACCAUACCUCGGCCAAGCCCCUGAGAUCAGCCACGAGUAUCUAUACCUUCCCUGCUUGCCUCUCCUCAAUGAUCAGACCUCUCUCUCUUACAAUCUGAUCUGCGAUGGAUCUUCGAGAAGUUGGUUUCGCGGAGCAGGUACCUUUUCUCGACAACGAAGUGGUUGACGACAAGGAAUUGAUCACAGUCAUAUCCCAUGAAAAGCCGAGGAAUUCUGGACGAAAAUACCCCACACUCGGUCACUUCCUUCAAUCAAUUCGACACACACAAGUCCGCUCGCAAUGGAGUCCAGAGAGCACCAAAAAGCUCAAAUCUGGACUGAUUAAGUUUGCCUCAUUCUUCAUUCCAAGCUUUCUACGACGAAGUUCGGGACCAACCAAAGAUCUCCAUGAGACAGCAUACUUAGACGGCUUACGAGGUUAUGCUUGUUAUGCAGUGUUCUUUUCACAUUACACCACUGCCUAUUGUAACGAAGUCUGGCAUCCAUACGGUGAAGGCGGCAAUCACCAUUUCGUGCAGACCUACUACAUCUUCCAACUCCCUAUCAUUCGUCUCCUUUACAAUGGUCAAGCAGCAGUCACCAUCUUUUUCGUUCUUUCUGGCUACGUCCUCAGCUACAAACCUCUGAAACUCAUACACUCUCGCGAUUUUGAGAAGCUGCAAGGAGCAUUAGGAUCAGCCAUUUUCCGAAGAUGGUUCAGACUGUUUCUUCCAGUCGCAGCUCUCUGGAUCUUGAACAUUUUCCUCGUCCAAUUCGGUGUAUUCAGCUGGUUCGACAAAUUCCACUCCGAGAACCCUUCGAUGCCCCCGGGCAUUGUAGAAUCGUACCUCCCAGCCGGAGAAUCAUUCUGGGGGACGGUCUACAAUGCAUAUAGGAGUUACUUCGACUUUGCUCGCGGAACACUCUUCACUUGGACGAAGAAUGGUAUCUUGCCUGAUGUAGAUGGGCACACCUGGACUCUCCACGUCGAGUUUCGAUCCAGUUGUAUUCUCUUCCUAUUCUUACACGGCUGCUCAAAAAUGCGAGCCAACAUCCGCCUCGUAUUCUUCAUGUUCUCCUCGGCUUUCUGCCUCUACUGGGAUGAAUGGGCAAUCGCCACCUUCCUCGCUGGAUCCUCAAUCGCAGAGCUAGAUCUCCGCAUGCGUCGCCGUCAAGCAGCAUCUCCCUCUGACGGUGAAGGAAACAACUACGAAUCCCUCACUCUCCCAAUCCCCAUUCCUCGCGCCCUCUCCCGUUUCCGAUCUCUCUUCCGCCACUCAAACAGCCAAAAAGUAUGGGCCGUCCUCUUCAUCUUCGCCUUGCUAAUCCUCUCCUACCCUCCCGUUGGCGCAGACAAAGUGUUCUUCUACAGUCUCCUCUCCUGGUACCACCCUUUCACCGCCUGGGACCUCUUCUUCUGGGAAUCCGUCGGCGCCAUCUUGCUCGUGUUCAUCAUCAGCCGCCUUCGUGCCGUUCAGCGAUUCCUCGAAUGGCCCAUCUCGCAAUAUAUGGGCAAGACGUCGUUUGCGCUGUAUUUGAUGCAUGGCACUGUCAUCAAGAGUUUGGGUCAUUUUGUGGUGAUUCAGACAUGGGAAAGAAUCACGGGGUAUCAAGGCUGGGGAUACGCAUUGGGGAUUUUGGUGCCGUUGUUUGUGGUCGUGGGGCCGGUUACGAUUGUGGCGGCGGAUUGGUUUUGGAGGGGCGUUGAUGUGCCGUCGGUGAGGUUUGCGAAGUGGUUUGAGGGGUUGUUGAACGAUGAGACUAUUUAGAGGCAUUUAAGAUUCUUGUAUGGAUCUCUGAUAUGAUGUUUUAUAAAACAAGAACUUAAAGGGAUGAUAAGCCAAUAUGCCAAUAUUUGGGGUUAGCAGAGGUCACAAGUCAUCACCAAGUCGGUGUUCUUAAAUUGACAAGGAACCGAAGCAGCUUCUGCAAUUGUUUACAGACCUACACGAG